UGUGGUGGGAGCAGGGGGUUGCUGUGGUGGAAGUGAUGCUCCGGUGCAGGUGCACAGUGCCACAGGUCCAGGCAUUGGUAUCUCCCUCUGGAUGGGUUCUCCUGGCUCAGGGCAGGGAUUUUUUGUGUCCCUCUGGGCUCAGCCAGUGCCAGGUCACCGGAUGCACCGUGCGUGCCACCAGCAAUUCCUACCUCCUCACAGGGUCCAGACCAGGAUGGCCCUUGGCUGGUGACCCUCUGCUUGGGGUCCCAGUGCGAACCAGGACAGGCUGAUUCAUCACUGGGAACGUGCUGCUGGAUCCCACCUCAACCCAGCUGGAAGAACAGCUGGGAACAGGCAGGACCUGGUGAGGCAGGGACACGGUCCCUGUUUUCCAUGCAUCCCAGGGAUGACUUUGGGUUACUCCACUCCUGCAUGUGCGAGGCCAGGAGCGUCCCAGGAGUGGGGCAGGGACAUAGGUGUCCUAGGGAACAGAGAUGAGGGGCAUCCAGGGGUGGAGAAGCCCGAGGAGACCCUCUGGCUGUGUUCAGCAGGAGCAACAAGACCACGGUGAGGGAUGGCCAAACCUUUCCUGAGGGGUCCCAUGGGGCUCCCAAGCCACUGCGGGCAGCACAGGGUGGUGGAAGGGACACGUCACUGAGGGCAGCCACUGCCACAUCCCCUCUCGUGUCCGGCUGAACCCACGGCCCGAAGCCCACAUCCUCCCGCAGAGCUUUGCUUCCCCCUUCCCAGGCUCUCUGUGCCGAGCUGGUUUAUCUCACCAGCUGCAAUUCUUUUCCCCAUCCUCCCAUUCCCUGUGCAUGUCUCUGGAAUGAGAAACUUCCACAAUAUCCCUGUCAGCUCCAGCUUGGACACCGAGUGACCCAACCCCGGGGUCAUUUCCAUGCCAGCCCUAAUGUGGGUAUAGAAGAAGCAGGGAUGUCUAAUCCAGCCUCCAGAUGCUGAAAAAUCCUCGGGGAUUUAUCCAGCUCAGCUCCAUCCCUAGGCCUGUGUGGAGGGAGCUGCCUUUGUGCUGUGGGACACUGAACUAGUGCCUCUUCCCCAUCCUGCUGGAGCACGGCCACCACACCAGAGAGAGCAGAGAAACAUCACCAGCUGGAGAUCCUGGGGCUGCCCAGGCUGUGAUUUGUCCGGAUAAUGGCCCUUUCCAAUCUGUCCAGUUUCCUGGAUGAUGCCGAUAACUACAGUGACUACCAGGAUUACAUCUACGAGGACGUGAGCAGCGUGUGGGUAGACCCGUCCCACGACCCGAAGGACAUCGCGAGGAUCCUCUCCGUCAUCAUCUACACCGUGUCCUGCGUGCUGGGCAUCCUGGGCAACGGCCUCGUCAUCGCCAUCAUCACCCUGAAGAUGAAGAAGUCGGUCAACGCCGUCUGGUUCCUCAACUUGGCCGUGGCCGACUUCCUCUUCAACAUCUUCCUGCCCAUAAACAUCGCCUACACGGCCAUGCGCUACAACUGGAUCUUCGGCACGGUCAUGUGCAAGCUCAACUCCUUCCUCCUCAUCCUCAACAUGUACACCAGCGUCCUGCUGCUCACCACCAUCAGCUUCGACCGCUACGUCUCGGUGGUUUUCCCCGUCUGGUCCCAAAACCACCGCUCGACCAACCUGGCCUAUUUGGUGUGUUUGGUCAUCUGGACCAUCGGCAUCAUCAUGAGCUGCCCCUCCCUUGUCUUCCGAGACACGGCGCAAACCCGAAAUUCCGUGAUUUGUUUCAGCAACUUCUCCCUCUCCAGGAACAAGUCCUACCAAGCCGUGGCACUGAUGAGGCACCGCACGGUGAACAUCACCAGGUUCCUCGGCGGGUACAUCCUCCCCAUAACCAUCAUCACUUUCUGCUACGUCGCCAUCGUCUUCAACCUGCGUCGGAACCGCCUGGCCAAGUCCAAAAAGCCCUUCAAGAUCAUCGUCACCAUUAUAGUCACCUUCUUCCUCUGCUGGAGUCCCUACCACCUGCUGAACCUGCUGGAGACAGAGCCAGGCAUGGUCCCGCCCUCCGUGUUUGAGGUCGGCAUCCCCAUCACCACGGCCCUCGCCGCCUCCAACAGCUGCAUGAACCCCGUGCUCUACGUCUUCAUGGGCCAGGACUUCAAGAAGUUUAAGGUCACCAUCCUUUCCAGACUGGUGAACGCCCUCAGUGAGGAGACAGGCCACUCCAGCAUCGUUCACAGGAGCUUCUCCAAGAUCUCUUCCAUGACGGAGAAGGAGACAACAGUGCUCUAAAUUCAACCUGGUGCCUUGAGGGGGGACAUAGUCCUCUGGUGCUGGCCAUGCCCUCCACUGGGAUGGUGGCCACCGUUGUGGUGGUCCCUGGUGUGGGACCAGCAUGGUCCAACGCUGUCCUAUAGUCUACUCCUUGACUGGUGUUGCUGCCUGGGGGCUGGCAGGGAUUGGACACCACCACUAUGUGCACGUGGAGGAGACACAACCACCCUUAAUCUUGGUGAUUGCAAAGAUUGUUGCACCAAACUAUUUAAGGAAACACUUCAGGGUGUUCCUGUCAACCUUUGCACUGUCUGACCUGGGAAGAGCAUUCCUGGUCUUUCCAGAGACAUUGUGGUGGGGUGGGGUGGGGGAUGUGUCUGGGAAGGCACCCCCGAGAUGGGUGCUAGGUGGGCACCACCACAGGUGAUACCUGCUAUGGCCAAACUGGGGACACCCCUCUUCUCUCCUAUGUCUCUGUUUGGCUACUCGUGUUAAAUCCUGAGGUAUUUUGGUACAAGUGCAACAUGUUUGUAACUGUUGGGAGCACUUUGCACCCUGAGAGGUCCUGGGAAGUGUCCUCAUACCGGCUUUGAAUAUCCCACCUCGAUGAACUGGGAAGUCUUAAAUGUCUUCUAAGUGAUCCAGACUGGGGGAUGGGGACAGGGCUCAUGCACAUGGUCACUUAUGUGAAAAACUGAGAGAAAAAAGAGGGAAAGAUCAAUUUGAAAUGUGUUUUGAGCAACGCUCCCUUUGAUGGGAACAUUCCACACGGUACAUUUUGCAGAGUGAUCUGAUGUUUGGGACCAGGAGUCCCAGUUAUUCCUUACAAAGGGCCUGAGUGGCACCAGGGAAUCAGUCCAGGGGCUGGGAAUGAGCUCCUGGACAGGACCUGCUGUCCUCUCAGGCAUCAGGUGACCAUUGAUGGCAGCUCCCUGGUGGGACUGAUUUGUCCUAUGGGAUGAUUUUCUCUCUUCCAACCAGGCAGCAAACCCAUCCUGGGAGACCCUGGGAGUCUUGUGGGAGACUCUGCCGCCACACACCAAUCUCCGAGGUGAAGGGUGGGCUGAGCCACUGCCUCCAUCCAAUUUCACACACACUUAAUCUGGGAGCUCCUUCUCCAUUAGGGCUUGACCACGACACCUCUGUCACGCUUAUUUAUGUGCUGGUUUCUCUGUGUCUCUCACAGCCUCUCAUUCCAGGGAAAGUGAGGAGCCCUGGAGCUGGGUUUGGGCAGCACCAGUGGCACCAGGGACAUUUCAGGAGGUCCCCACAGGAGCUUUGUGUGGGGAUUGACACGCUGGCAAUUGAGAGUCUGCUCACAGGUGCCCACGAAGGCUGAGAUAUUUAUUUCUUGAAAAUCAGAAAAUGGAAAAAAAACAUGAAGAGGUAGCUCCCAGGCAGAUGCAGAGAGCUAUUUACGGGCUCCUGGUGGCAGCAGUUUGUGCCAGACAGGCACAAACCGAACCACAAAGCCCCGGUAAUUGAGCUGCCUCCCUGAGCUGCGGGAAUGCCACGGAUCAGAGCGGAUGCUGCAGCGGGAGCUGGAUUUCAGAGGGAUUAUCGGGCGUCCCCUCCACCCUGGCACUGCCUCCCUGCUCUACCUUGAUCUGCAUAACCUCGUUAGAGUGAUGGGGAGAGUGGAACAGCCACGCCACGGCAGCUGGAUCCAUCCUUCCCUGGGAUGAGGCUGCCUGCAGCAUCCCUGCCCUGGGACAGGGAUCCCGAUGGAUCCGGUGUGUUUGGCUGCGGUUUUGGUGCUGCUGACAAUGUGAGUUGUGCUGGGGCAAGUUUGUCCCCCAAGCCAGGGCAGGGAGGUGACCUCCUCCUUCCCAUCACUGUGGAUCCAGUCUGCUAAAAGUGGGAGAUUUAUCCUGAAAGUUAAAGGGUGUCCAGCCUGAGCCCUGAAGGGAAAUGCAGCAGGGGAUGAGGUUUAUGAAGGAAAGUAGUGGGAAAUUAAUGGGAAAUUAGUGACUUCAACUACUGGGUACUGCUCUCAUUACAUAGGGGGCUGUAGGACAGGCAACACCUGGCUCCAGGUGCCUCCAUAUCUCCUGGGAGCUGGGAAUUAGCUGCUUCCCCAGGGAGAAGUGCCACAUUCUUGGGCUGUACCGUCCAGUGGCCAAGCCCAGGGCUACUCCCAGCCCAAAUCCACAUGUUUUUCCCCCUAAAACCAAUGCACAACCCAUAACCGUGGCAGAUGCUGGAGCAGGGAUGCUCCUCACUAAUUUUGGUGGCUGGGUUUUGCAAGCCCAUCUAUUAUUUCUGCAAACAGCUUUCCAAAAAAACCAGUGACUUGGUACUUAACCCGGGGUUAAAUCAUCACUAUAAUGACAACUUGGGAAUCCCAAGUUUCCCAAAUGUUUGAGUUCAUCCUUGUAGCUGUUUACUUAUUUAAUAAAAAAACCUGUUUUCCAUACAAAUAUCCCUGGUAUGUGCUGAAGCCCAUUACAUGGAGUGGGAAGGAUCCCAGAGUUUUUCACGGAGCAGUCACUUCCCAGUGUGUAUUCUUGAUCCUUGCUGUUGAAUUUGGAAUUGUCAAAGUGGUCAGGAGCAGAGGGGUUGCAGGGUGAGUGAUCGAGAUGGGAGCAUGGUGCUCUGAGCCUCUUGGAUAGGAAAUGUCCCAAAGAUGUUCUCCGGGGAAUUCCCACUUUAAUUUGUCCCUGAAAAGACCAAAUGGCUCUUUAAGGGGAAAAAUGUAUCUGUGUGUAAAAGUCAGCUGGAAGAGAAUCAUUUUCCAUUGUCCAUGUGUUGGAUCACAUCCAGAAAACACUCUGUUAUUCCAAAUUGAACCUGGAAUUAUUAAUGCCAGUGCUGAGUUGGUCCCUGGGUGGGAUCUGUCUGUGGGAUCUCCCUCCAUCCCUCCCAGCAGGGGCUGCUUCCCCAUCACCUCCUGCACCCCAGAACCCCCAACCCUCACCCCCCCCAACCUUGAGGCUAUUUUGGAGGAACAGGGAGGGAAAAAUCCACUGAAUUUUUACAGCUGGACCCUGUAAUCUGCCAGCUUUUGAACAAGCCAGGAAAUAAUGACAAAUCCCCAGGGAAUAUCAGUGAUUCCUGUUCUCCUGUCACCCACUAAUCACAGCAAAAAGAUCACACAGGGAGCAUUAAAAAUGUGUAUUUUUAUAUAUAUAUAUAAUAGAAACAGGAUAAACAUAUUCCUCCUAAAACUCCAGCAGCUCGAGCCUCUUCAGCCAGGUUUUUCUUGCCAUUUUGGCAGAGUGGCAAAGAAAAGCAGGUCAGUAUUAUCCCAGUUCCUCUGAUAUUGCCUAAAUGCUGCAGGAACAGGAAUGUCACAGGGUGCUGGAGAUGUAUCCUGUCAGAUGCAUCAUUUGGGGUUUUUUUUUGCAGUGCUGGAUAUUUUGUCCAUGGAGGGGAGGGGGCUCAGGCUGCCCUGCUGGUGAGGGGAAGGUCCAAGAUAUUGAAAUGAGGAUCCUUGGAUGCAUCCCAGUGAUCCUGGUCCCCCUGGGCUGCUGAGAUGGAGACGUCCUUCGCUAUGAAUUAAUGAAGUCCUCUAUGAAUUAACGACGUGCUCUUGAUUAAUGACAGCAGGAGGUUAAUGACCAGCUGCAGGGGGAUGUGCACAAACUGGAAUUAGCAUCCAGGGAAGGGGCUCAGUGGGAGCUGCAGCUCCAGGGCUGGUGUCCCAGCUCUGUGCUUGCCCUUUUAGGGCAGAAAUUGGUGAAAUUGGUAGUUAGGGGUGCAGAGAGGUUUAGCAUCUCAGAGUUUAGGGAUGAGUGGGGUGCAGAGCCACCACCAGCCCUGUUAAACCUGCAAUUCAGGCAGUCCUGGUGAUCAUGAGCUUAGGGUAGGUCAGGGUUUGUGAGGGAAGAGCAGCAGGUUUCGGAGCUGGGACACCAACCCCUCAUCCCAAGCCCUGGAACCCAUACCUCCAGCCCAGGACCCCCAUCCCCAGCCCUGGAACAUCCCAAGAACCCCUGACCCUCAGUCCAGAACCAACAGUUCACAACCCUGUGACCUCCCCCAUCCCCAACCCCCAGAUCCUGUUCCCAGCCAUCCCACCCCUCCCUACCCCAUGAUCCCAUCGUGCUGAGGGGCUCAGCACCCCCAGACCCCGAUGCUGUUGCAGCCCACCAGGAGCCUCACCCAGCACAUCCCAAACCUACCUCAUGCCUCUCCAUGCCCUCUUCUCACCCUCCUUUAACCUGAGGCUGGGUCUCAUUCCACGUGAGAAAUGACUCUGGAAUACUCCAAUCCCAUUUCUGUGGAGCGCAUUACCGGCCUUAAUGACGGCUCUUUUUCACUUGCCUGUCGUGGCACUGAAAUAAAGCCGUGCUUUCCCUCACCCAUAAAUCACUCCUUUAUUUGGAGCUGGAAUUAAAUUAAAAAUAAUAAUAAAAAAAGGAAUAAACAAGUUACCCUCUCCCUUUCCUCUGAGCCAGGCAGGUUGGAGCCAUGUUUAAAUUAUCUCUGGUGUGUUCAUGCAGAUUGUCAGCUGUAAAUUUGGGGGAAAAUAGCAAAGCUGAUAAAUAAACAUGUUGGGUUCGUCAGGGAUGGAUUUUGCUGCCCUCAGAUUUAUGACACAUCUCCCUGUUAAAGGGGCUUUUGUGACAGUGCUGCUGGGUGGUGCUGCUGAGAGGGGUGAUUUCCCUCUCAUUUAAACACAGCAGGAACUUCAUGGGAUUUAAUUUGGGAAGCUUCUACCCGAGCUGCUCUGAGCCCCCCGGCAUCACUGGGGUCGUUGCCCAGAACCCCCUGGAUUGACCCCAAAGGGGCUCCCACUACCUUUGAUGAGGGAGGGAGCCCCAUCCUGAGCUGCUCUGGGCAUCAUCUCCAGAAUCAUCUCUUGCACCACAGGGACCACAGAGCAUAACAGCCCCCCCUCCCCCCCCGGGAAUUGGGGGAAUAUCAGGUGAUUUUGGUGCAGCCGCUGUUGCAGGGGCCGCUGAGCACAAAACCCACACAGAACUGGGGGAAAUGCGGGUGGUUUUGGUGCAGCCGCCGCCGUUGCCACAGCAACCGCUGAGAAACCCAUCCAGCCCAGGAGGGAGGAUGCUGCAGCCUCCGCCAGCGCAGGACCGGGAGGCAGGAAAACACUCCCAGGGACGAGAGAUUGAUGAAAAUAAAUGAAUUUCAGUACAGGAAUCCAGGGAGGGGGGCAGUUCAGGAUCCCCCCCAGCCCCACGUGGGAUCGGGCGAGGUGGCUUUGCCCACCCAGGGACUGCUGAGGGCUCGCCGGGGCUGAGUCAAGCGGAAAGAUUCCCACCUUUUCCAAUCCUCAUGGAAAGGCUGAGUGUUGCCUUCCCCGGGUUAAUGGCAUUACAGAGGCAGCCGAGCAGGGAGGCUAUUAAAUGUCAAGAGCUCUGCACAGGAAGAUGAUGCAGGAAGGAUGGUUGGCUCCUCUUUCCAGGGGGAAUAGAGAUUUUAUUAGUGCGUGCCAGUCCCACGUGGUAAAAAUAUAACCCGGCAUUUAAUAAAUAAAUAAAAGUAAAUGAGAGCAUGAAGCUUGGGCUCUGUGCGUGCAGGGACAGCAGCUCCUGGCAGGAGGGAGAAGCUGCUCCUGCAUCAGUGGGAUGGAGGGGAAGGAGGGACCCCACCUCUCAUCCAGAGGUGCAACCAGAUGUGCAGUACAUGUUGACAGGGACCUAAUGACUUCCAAGUGCUCCAUUUCAGUGCAAAUUAAAUUUAAAAAAAAAAAAAAA